AGUUCAGUAUACAUUUAUUAAAAUUAUCUCUCGAAUUUAGACGCUAGAGAGUAAGUAUCAAAUUUAAUUUGGUGUUUUAGAAAUCAUCAAGGUUAUAAGUACAAACAGAUAAAACUAUUUUAAUGGAUCCAUCAGUCUUAACAACAUUAAAAAUUUUAUUAAUUGGUCAAAGUGGAGUAGGAAAAUCAUGUUUGCUAUGCAGAUUUACAGAUGACACAUUUAAUGAGGACAAUGCAGUUACUAUUGGUGUAGAUUUUAAAAUGAGAAAAAUAACUGUUGAUAAUAAUAAUAUUAAACUAGCCUUAUGGGAUACAGCAGGACAAGAAAGGUUUCGUACACUUACUCCAAAUUAUUACCGUGAUGGUCAAGGUGCAGUACUUGUUUAUGAUGUUUCAAACCGAGAUUCAUUUACAUGCUUAGAAACAUGGAUUAAUGAACUUAAUAGAUACUCUACCAAAACCAAUAUUAUUAAAAUGGUUGUUGGUAACAAAAUUGAUCGGGAAAGACAAGUUACUAGAGAAGAAGGAAUUGCUUUUGCUCGUCGUCAUCAAACAUUAUUUAUUGAAACUAGUGCUAAAACAAAAGAAGGAGUUUAUAUGGCUUUUGAAGAAUUAGUCAGAAAAAUAAUAAAUACACCAAGCUUAUGGGAAAAGCUUGAAGAUGCCAAUGUUGUUCGGUGCAAUGAUGAUCAUUCAGUAUCGGAGGAAAAAUAUUGUUAUUGUUAACUAUUUAAUCAUUUAAAUAUUUAUGGAAGGUUAUAUUGUAUUAAUACAUAAGUAUUCUAAUACUUUAUAGGUAUAUGAUUUAUUAUUUGUAACAUAAAAGAAAUAUGCUACAUAUGAGUCAGUACUCAGUUUACAUAUACAUGUAAUUAGAACUUAUUUUAUUAUGUAUUAUUGCACUUAAAAAUAAUUUUUAAGUUAUA